AUCUCAUUGCAAAAAGUCUCCUGAGAACAUUUUUUUCUGAGUGAUUCCAGCUUCCAGACAUUUGCCAUGAUAAGGGUUUCGAUCCUUUCCCAUAUUUGCCCUGAGUCAUGAGUGGAUAUGUGUGAUGCCUGCAAGUAAAACUGCCGAGGUACGGAAGCUGUCCGGCGGAGCAGCGCUGAGGUCGCUCCGGAGCGCUGAUGGGCGAGGCGUAGCACGGGCAGCAUCACUGUGCAACUCAGACUCCAAAUUUGGAGAGUUCUCUGUCCAGAGAAUGCCUGUUUGGUCCAGAACAUAUUUGAAGCUGAAGGGUAAGAAGAGUGACCUAUUUGGGUGGCUGUAACUGAAGAUUGCGUUACAGGAGCAACAGCAGAAGGUUUUUGAGUCAUGAUGCAAGAAUCUGGGACUGAGACAAAAAGUAACGGUUCAGCCAUUCAGAAUGGAGCGAGCGGUGGCAACCACUUACUAGAGUGCAGCCUACGGGAGGUGAGAUCAAACGGCGAGACACCUUCAGUUGAAAUUGGGGCUGCAGAUUUAACACAUCUUCAGCAACAGCAGGCUCUCCAGGUAGCGCGGCAACUUCUACUACAACAGCAGCAGCAGCAGCAACAGCAGCAACAACAGCAGCAGCAGCAGCAAGUUAGUGGAUUAAAGUCUCCGAAGAGGAAUGACAAACAGCCGGCCCUGCAGGUUCCCGUGUCGGUGGCUAUGAUGACACCUCAAGUGAUCACUCCCCAGCAAAUGCAGCAGAUCCUCCAGCAACAAGUGCUAACUCCCCAGCAACUCCAAGUCCUGCUCCAGCAGCAGCAGGCACUCAUGCUUCAACAGCAGCAGCUUCAAGAGUUUUAUAAGAAACAACAGGAACAGUUGCAGCUUCAACUUUUACAGCAACAACAUGCUGGAAAACAGCCUAAAGAGCCCCAGCAACAGCAGGUGGCUACGCAGCAGUUGGCCUUUCAGCAGCAACUCUUACAGAUGCAGCAGUUGCAACAGCAGCACCUCCUGACUUUGCAGCGUCAAGGGCUGCUAACAAUCCAGCCUGGCCAGCCUACUCUGCCUUUGCAGCCCCUUGCACAAGGCAUGAUUCCAACAGAACUGCAGCAGCUCUGGAAGGAAGUGACAAGCUCGCACACAGCCGAGGAGGCAGCCAGCAACAACCACAGCAGCCUCGACCUGUCCACCACCUGCGUCUCCUCAUCCGCACCGUCUAAGACCUCCUUAAUAAUAAACCCACACGCGUCAACCAACGGACAGCUAUCGGUUCACACUCCUAAACGGGAGAGUUUAUCCCACGAGGAGCACUCACACAGCCAUCCGCUCUAUGGACACGGCGUAUGCAAAUGGCCGGGCUGUGAAGCAGUAUGUGAAGACUUCCAGUCGUUUCUAAAACAUCUCAACAGUGAGCAUGCGCUGGAUGAUAGAAGUACAGCCCAAUGUAGAGUACAAAUGCAGGUUGUACAGCAGUUAGAGCUACAGCUUGCAAAAGAUAAAGAGCGCCUGCAAGCCAUGAUGACACACCUGCAUGUGAAGUCAACUGAACCAAAAGCCACCCCUCAGCCUCUCAAUCUGGUGUCCAGCGUCACGCUUUCCAAGACAGCGUCCGAGGCUUCUCCACAGAGCUUACCUCAUACUCCCACCACCCCGACUGCACCCAUCACUCCCGUCACGCAGGGACCGUCGGUCAUCACUACCACGAGCAUGCACAACGUCGGGCCCAUCCGGAGGCGGUACUCGGAUAAAUACAACGUCCCCAUUUCUUCAGAUAUUGCCCAGAACCAAGAAUUUUAUAAGAACGCAGAAGUUAGACCACCGUUCACGUAUGCAUCUUUAAUUAGGCAGGCCAUCCUCGAAUCUCCAGAAAAACAGCUAACACUAAAUGAAAUCUACAACUGGUUCACGCGAAUGUUUGCUUACUUCAGGCGCAACGCGGCGACGUGGAAGAAUGCAGUGCGUCAUAAUCUUAGUCUUCACAAGUGUUUUGUGCGAGUAGAAAACGUUAAAGGGGCAGUAUGGACAGUGGAUGAACAAGAGUUCCAAAAACGAAGGCCACAAAAGAUCAGUGGUAACCCUUCUCUUAUUAAAAACAUACAGACCAGCCACACCUACUGCACACCUCUCAAUGCUGCUUUACAGGCUUCAAUGGCUGAGAACAGUAUACCUCUAUACACUACUGCUUCCAUGGGAAAUCCCACUCUGGGCAACCUAGCCAACGUGAUGAGGGAAGAGCUUAAUGGUGCAAUGGAGCAUACGAACAGUAAUGGGAGUGACAGUAGUCCAGGACGUUCCCCUAUGCAAGCAAUGCACCCCGUGCAUGUCAAAGAAGAACCGCUAGAUCCAGAUGAAAAUGAAGGCCCGCUCUCCUUAGUGACAACAGCCAACCACAGUCCAGAUUUUGAUCACGACAGAGAUUAUGAAGACGAACCUGUAAAUGAGGACAUAGAAUGAGUAUGUCUGACGUCAUCAUCCUGAGAAUGAAGAUGGGAAGAACACGUCAAACCUAGCUGUGAAAUCUCUCCAUUGUUGUACAGUCUGGAGGAUUCUCAGUCCGCUUUGACAACUAUGAAAUAUGUUAACUCUUAGUGCCAUCAAGUAUCCCAUUUGGGAGUAUUUUUGAUUUUUCUACUUUUUGUUGAAAAAAGGAAUUUGUACUCUGUGCAUUGGAUGGACUUGUUUGGUACUUGGGAUUUUCCUCUCUUACAGUCAACGUCAGUGUUGUAAAUUUGCUAAACUGAUUCACUUACAUUUAGCAGCCAACUGUGGACUGCAGGUCCUGCCAAUUUUGGACACUUGAGGACAUCAAACUGAGCAUGUACACCAGAACUGCAGAUCAAGUCUUUGCCCAGAUUUUAAGGAUUCCAAUGGACAACAUAUUUGCACAGUACUGCAUGUUGAUUAUCACUGCCUUUACUCCAUUUUGUUGUUUUUCGGGUUUUUUUGUUUUGUUUUGUUUUUUGUUUUGCUUCCAUUUGGGAUGGGGAAGGCCUGUGUGUGCACGUGUGUGGAUAUGUGUGUGUGCGUGUGAGCGUGUCUAUCGGGGAGGGGUUAAAAAGAAAAAAUUAUCCCAAACUUUUUAAUGUAUUGCUUUUAUUCCCCCGCCCCACUUCUCCUCUACCAUUUUAAGUUCUGACCUCAGGCCUCAUCUGGGCCCAGGGCCUCUCGGAGGCUUCAACGUUUUCUGUACUUUGUGAUGAAUGUUAAUAGGUGUUUUUAUUAUACAAAGCUGAAUGUCAUUGAAUUGUUUGUAGUUUUUUCUGUCAUUCAUUCCAGUUUCCUUCAGAUGCCACCAUGUUUUCUUUAGCUGUGGAAAACAUUCCAUUUUGGUGUCUCUAUUUUUGUUGUUGUUUUUUGAAGAGGUCCCAAAUGCUGCACUAUACAUGUGGAAGGGUUGUCCAACGGAGAGAGAGAAACGAAGUACUGCAAGAAUGAGAAUGAAUGGCAGAUGAACAUAGAAACACUGUAGGAAGCAACACAGAUUCAUUCCGCAAAGCAGUAUUUUUUUGUUGUUGUCGUUUUGGGUUGGUUUUUAUUUUGAGAUUUCUUUUUUGGCAGCAAUGGUGAAUAUUAGCAAAUGCCACAAAAUGGAACAGCACAAAGAAAUGUAUGCAGCACCAACAGAAUUCACUUUUAUUAGAGGAUGGAUAGUACAGUGGCAGGCUCUCGGUUGUUUAACACGAGUUUUAAUGGGUCAACAAAUCUUUCUGGAAUAUCUAAGAUUACUGAGAUGGGCACCUAUACAUUUAUUAUGACUUUUUUUUUUCUUUUUGCAUUUGCAUUGGCAAAUAGUGGUUGGAAAGAUGACUUCAUUAAAUUGUUAUUGUACGUGGCGAUGUUUCACGGUUAAACAUCAGUUCAGGAUUGCUUGGUGGCAUUAAUCUGUUUGAAUACAAAUUAGAUUUCAGAUUGAACUUGUUACGGGAGUUAAUAAGGACAGAGCCCCACUAAUGCUGAAGUGUUAAUUUCAACUGUGCAAAUCCAGUACUGCGGUUACGAUUGUUAUGCAAUAUUACACCAGCCAGUAUGGAAACCUCACCGUAGGAAACGGGAAAUACAGGAGAGAAUUCGCACCGGGGCUUUUUAGGCACGACUGGCGAUGCUCUUCAAGGCAAACAUGAUAUGCAGAAUUUGUUGCUAUAGGUCAGUAAACCUUGGUCACCAAACACCUAAACGUUUUCGUUCUGCAACCACUUUUCCGUCACUCAUUUAUUUAUGUAGGACUGUAGCUUUUUUAUUAUUUCAAAAAGCCUUUCAGAGCUUAAUUUAUAUUCUUCUUUGUACCUUUUUUUUUUUUUUUUUUCCUAAAAUUACCAAA